AUGCAAUCUCCUCCUACCACUGAUGGCACCCAGCCUUAUGCCUCCAUGGCUGGGAAGCUCGACCCCCGACUCCUUCAAGCCCUGGACGUCAUGGACUUCAAGUUCAUGACGCCUGUCCAACAACGUGUUUUGACCGAACUCCCAGACUGGCGCAGUGACUGCCUCGUCCAGGCCAAGACCGGUACUGGAAAGACGCUGGCCUUCCUUCUGCCUGCAUUGCACUGCCUCCUCCAGGGCAAAACCACGCCACCCCGAGGCCAGGUCGCCAUCUUGAUUAUCACCCCCACAAGAGAACUCGCCCAACAAAUUGCCAAAUCGUGCGAUCAGCUCACAUCACAACUGCCGAAGCCCCUCGAGUGUCAUAUCGCAGUCGGUGGAACAGCUCGCGCUUCCGCUCAUUCGCGCUUCAUGAAGGGAGCCCCGUCUGUUCUGGUAGCAACACCGGGCCGACUGAAGGAUUACCUAUCCGACGAGUACACGGCUGAGAAGCUGUCCAACAUUCAAACCCUGGUCCUUGAUGAGGCCGAUACAAUGCUUGAGGCUGGAUUCCUGGCCGAUGUGAAGCAGAUCCUUCGCCUUAUCCCUUCGAAGAAGACAGGCUGGCAAGGCAUGUGUUUCUCGGCCACCGUUCCACCCAAGGUCAAGGAUGUGGUCAAUGUGGUGUUGAAGGAGGGCUACACUAACAUCUCUACCAUUGAUAAGAACGAGUCACCAACACACGAGAGAGUUCCCCAGUACCACGUGCUGAUUCCGUCCGUGGCAGAGACCUUUACCGCCCUUGCUACUCUUAUCAAGCUUGAGAGUCAAAAGUGCUCUAAAAUCAUUGUCUUUGGCGUGACUGCCAACAUGGUCGCUCUCUGCGCCAAGGUCUUCGCCCAAGGCUUGACGCCUUUGAAUGUGUUUGAGAUCCAUUCUCGUCUCAGCCAGAACAUCCGCACAAGAACUACCGCCCAAUUCAAAGAAGCAGCCUCCGGGAUCAUGUUUGCCUCGGACGUUAUUGGUCGUGGCAUGGAUUUCCCCAAUGUCGACUUGGUCAUCCAGGUCGGUUUGCCCUCAAACGGUGAACAAUACGUUCACCGUGUUGGUCGUACUGCCCGUGCUGGUAACGACGGCCGUGCGAUCAUCCUCCUUACCCAAAGCGAAUCUUUCUUUAUGAAGGUCAACCGUCACCUGCCCAUCCAGCCGCAUCCCCAGACCGAUGCAAUCCUUGCGGAAGCUCCCUCCUUCGCAGACUCUGUCAACAAUGCCAUGUACCAAAUCGAUGAAGUCACAAAGCAACGGGCCUAUUCAUCCUAUAUUGGUUUCUUUGCUGGAUCAGGUCUUCUGAAGCAGCUCCGUCUUGAUAAGGCCGGUCUUGUCCAACUCGCCAACGAAAUGGCCAUCAAGGGCAUGGCUUGUCCCGAAGCUCCCCCAAUGGACAAGAAGGUUGUCGGCAAGAUGGGUCUGAAGGGUGUCCCUGGAUUCAACUAUGGAAGCUUGAGUGAUCUGAAUGGGGAGAGUAAUUCCGGCGGCCCUCGUGGCCGUCCCAAUGGACGUCCCAAUAACAAGAAACGCGAUGUCCUUAGCCCUGGAGGUGGUCAACGACGGGGAGGAGUAGAGAAGAAUGGCCAAGGCGGAGGUCGCGGAGGAGGUCGUGGAGGUGGCCGUGGAGGCCGUGGAGGUCGUGGCGGUCGUGGUGGCCGUGGACGGGGCGCAUAA